AUGGCUCUGUAUCAUGAGACCGCCGGCAUCCUAUCCGAGCCGGCGUCCCACGGCGGAAGCCUCAAGACCAAGGUCUUUGGCCGCAAGGAUUUAACGUCUCCUCCCGCCCAGGUCUAUGCUCUCGCUCUCGAGACGUGCAAGUGGAGUCCAGUCCUCAAGGAGGUCAUCGACAAUUCACAACUGCUCAAAGACGAGAAGAAGCUCACCCCGGUACUAGCCCUGUUGCUGGUCCAUGACUUCCUAUUGGCGAAGAAGGGCAUCGCUCUCCCCUCCUCACACGGAUUGAGGCUUUCCGUUGAACGGCACAAGGCAAGGAUCGCGUCAGAUUUUACCCGUUCACGCCUACGGAGGAAAUGCUCUACUGUGGAUGCGCUGAGGGAGCAGGUUGAACUCUCAAACAACCCGAGCCCCGUUCAUCCCCGCUGGGUCCGAGUCAAUGCAUUGAAGUCGUCGCUGCAGGAACAGCUCGAGACUACCUUUGCAAGCUUUGAGAGAGUAGCCACCAUCCAGGAGGUCUUGGUCAGGGCGACCGACAGACUCUACGUCGAUGAGCACAUCCCAAACCUCGUGGCCGUGUCUCCGCGGACCGACUUCUCCAAGAGCCAGGCUUACAAAUCUGGCGCCAUCAUUCUGCAAGACAAAGCAUCGUGCUUCCCGGCCUACCUUCUCGAUCCGAGCCCAGACGACGGCGACGUCAUCGACUCAUGCGCUGCUCCUGGCAACAAGACUACGCACCUGGCCGCAGUAAUCUACUCGCGUCGCGCUGAUCAGGCAGGUAGACCAGCUCAACAGGUCAUAGCAUUCGAGAAAGAUCAGACGCGUGCCAAGACACUGGAGAAGAUGGUCAGGCUGGCAGGCUCCCACGACUUUACAAGCCUCAACUUGGGACAUGACUUUCUGAGGACGGAUCCAGAUUCUGAGCUGUAUAAGAACGUUGGCGCUUUGCUGCUAGAUCCAAGUUGCUCGGGAAGCGGUAUCGUCGGCCGGGACGACAUGCCGGAGCUCCAUCUCCCCGGCAAGCCAGAGGCGGCCGGCAAGAAAGCUGCACAGGAUAGCCGCAAGCGCAAACGGAAGGACCCUGAGAGCGAAGCCAAUGUACUUGUCGACGAUGACGGAAACACGACGGUCGUCGGCUCCGAGAAAGAUCUCCAGGCAAGGCUGAAGGCGCUGUCCUCUUUUCAGUUGACCCUGUUGCUCCAUGCUUUCAAAUUCCCGAGUGCGCAGAGAAUCACGUAUUCGACAUGCUCGGUCCACGCGGAGGAGAAUGAGAAUGUUGUCCUCCAGGCGCUCCGGUCAGACAUUGCCCAGGAGAGAGGGUGGCAGAUUCUCCGACGCGAGGAUCAAGUGGAAGGAAUGAAAUCCUGGCCAGUUCGAGGCCUUGCAGAGAACCCGGCUCCUGGCUACGACAAGACCAUCGCAGACGCGUGUAUACGUGCUUACAAAGACGACGGCCGCGGUGUCAUGGGCUUCUUCGUUGCAGCGUUCGUCCGCGACGGGGCCGCGGUCCAGAGCCCUACAAGUAGAAGGCGCCGGAGCCACAUGGCUGCGGAUGGUACCGUCAAUGACAGUGCGCACCCUGAGAACAAGGCCGACCUGUCGGACAAGGAUUCGGACGACGAGUGGAGCGGUUUCGACGACUGA